GUGACAGUUAUAAAAACUAAAAGAUUAAUAGAUCAUAUAUUUAGGUUCUGCAUCAGUUUCAUGUUAAUAACAACAACUAUUGGUUUUGGGUGUAAAACCGAUUUGGAUGUUGUGAAAGAAUCAUUAAAGAGGCCGAUAGCUCCAGGAAUCGGUGUGAUUUGCCAGUAUCUUUUGAUGCCUCUGAUUGCUUUUGGUAUAGCUAAAUCUAUAAAUUUUGAGAAUCCGGCAGUAGCAUUGGGUAUAUUUGCUUGUGGUAUCUGUCCAGGAGGUGGUAUUAGUAAUAUAUAUUGUUAUGUAUUAAAUGGUGACGUUUCUUUAUCUGUUACUAUGACAACCAUCAGUACCAUAGCAGCCUUGGGUAUGAUACCAUUAUGGAUGUUUACACUGGGACAACUAUUUAAUGACGAGAAAACAACCAUCAAUAUACCUUAUGCCAACAUUAUGUCAACAUUGGCCAUGGUUAUUAUACCCUUAUUUGUUGGUAUGAUUAUCAAAUAUAAAUGUUUGAAGAUAUCGAAAAUAAUCUUAAAAGUGAUCAAACCUCUAUCUUUAAUUACUAUAGUCAUUCUUUUAACUUUUGGAAUCUACGUUAACCUUUAUAUUUUCCGCUUGUUUAAACCGCUCCACAUUCUAGCAGGGUGUCUUCUUCCUUAUUUUGGUUACCUCGUCGGAGGAGUUGUAGCUUUAAUCUUCAGACAGCCUUGGCCUAGGGUUAAAACCAUUGCCAUAGAGACCGGUAUACAGAACGUUGGUGUUGCAUUUCUGAUGUUGUUAACCUCUUUACCACCUCCUGAUGGAGAUUUGGCCGCCGUUGGCCCAGCAGCUUCAGGUAUCAUGACGCCAUUGCCUCUUUUUGUUAUAGCUAUAAUU